GCUAAGUGGGCGUGGCUCUUCUGGGCGUUAGCCUAUCAGGCAAGCGCCGGAAGUUAGGGAGAGAGGAAGUGGCCGAAGUGGAAAAGCAAAAUGGCGGCGCUAACCUCAGGCGCGAGGAGAUCCAUUGAAAGUCUGUUUAUGAAACAGUGCUAAACAGAAGAAUUAAAAGAUGUUUUCAUCAAAAGUGCACCCUACUAGGUGCAAAGGAGAGCGAGGCUAUGGAUGACAUGACGUUCCGAAGUGAUACUGUGCUGUCUGACGUCCACCUGCAUGCGCCACGGAAAAGGCAGUUUAUGGUGAGGCUGAAUGCUGUUGGCCAGCCAGUCUUUCUCUCACAGUUCAGACUCCUUUGGGACUCUGAGAAAGAAGAGAGGGAAUUUAAGGGAAAAACUAUCAGAAGCCAGGACAGCUCUGCAGAAGAAGAAUAUGUGCAGGAAAGUGCAAGUGAUCUAGGUUCCCCAAGCAGCACUGAAGAGGAGGAAGGGGGCUCUUUAAAAGGAAUCAGAGCUUUGUUGGAUGAAGAUGGGGAUCUGGAGGUUGUCCGAAAGCCCCGCUUUGCUUAUGCAGAAGAUGAGGGUCUUCCAAGGGACAAGGUGUGUCCUGUCAUUUUGAUGAAAGGUGGAGCUGUCUUGGAAGAGGACGGGGAAGAAAGCAGUUCCGGUGAUAUUAUUAAAAUAGAGCACACCAUGGCAACACCGUUAGAAGAUGUGGGCAAACAGGUCUGGCGCGGAGCCUUCCUUCUGAGCGACUUCAUCCUCUGCAACCAAGAUUUGUUCAAAGAUCGCACAGUGCUGGAACUUGGGGGAGGCACGGGGAUUGUCAGCGUUAUCACGGCAAAGGCGGCCAAGACAGUCUAUUGCACAGAUAUUGGUGAAGAUCUUCUGGACAUGUGUGAACGAAAUAUUGCCUUAAACAAGCACUUCACUGAACCAGCAGAAAGUAAAGUAAAGGUCAGAGUAUUGGAUUGGUUACAGAAUGAUUUCUGUGCUGAUCCUGAUAAUGCCUACAGUUGGUCUGAAAAAGAGAUUGCUGAAUUGCACGAUUUCACUACUGUGAUAGUAGCUGCUGAUGUCUUCUACGAUGAUGAUCUAACAGACGCCUUUUUUAAAACCCUUUAUCGAAUCACUAGCAACUUGAAAAACCCUUCCACCGUCUAUAUUUCAAUAGAAAAAAGGCUGAACUUCACUUUGCGACACAUGGAUGUGGCAUGCGAAGCGUACAGCUAUUUCCGAAGUGCCUUGCAUGACCUGCAGGAUAUCAAGGAUGGCAGAACGAGGUUCGCUGUGGAGCCCCUUCAGCUCUCCUUCCCGCAGCGCUUUGUUUACGAGCGAGUGGAGCAGUUGGAGCUAUGGAAGAUUACUGCUGACAAGAUCUGUGAAAGCUGUACCACUGCACAUCCUUUGUGAGAGACUACAAUAGAAAGGCAUGGAUUUUUCUGCAGAAGCGUUUCCCUCUCAAGUCCUGUCCGAAAGAAACUGCUUACAAGGCAGGAGGGAAGACAAUGUUCUCUGGUAAGUGUCAAAGAAUGAUUAAAGAUAUUGGUUGCAGCAGAGGCUCCUUCAAAGUGAUUUGUAAGCUGGGACUGCUUGAUUUGUGUUCCGGAAGAUGGGCUGUUUGGGAUACGCGGCAUUAAGGGCAGUCAGGAAAACAUGUUCCCAGUGAGCAGCACUUCAUGCCCAUUGUGUCAAUCACAGUAUUAUAAUAAAGAGGCUUUUUUGCGGCACAGAUAAGUUUCCAUGGAUUACAUCAACCACGCCUUCUGCAUUCGACGUGGGAUGUGAGCUUUGGUCUGGGACAAUCUGGUAUUAUUUGUACUGGAAGUGGAUGCAAUUCCAGUCCUGAAUAUUAGGCACACUUUGCUGCUACAAGAUAAGCUCUAUUGCAACAUUAUCAUUGGGUUUUCUGGAGCUGAGAGUGUGUGACCCUCCUAAGGUCACCAUGUCCUAACAGUCUUGUAAAGAAGAUAGUUUUUAGAUCAAGCCAAGGUUUGCUGUGUUUUAUGUAGUUUGACAGAUUUUUAAAAUGGUUUUCCUGAACUAUGUAUUUUAAUAAGUUGUGUAUUUAAUUCCAUUUUAAUAUUUGUGUGCUUUGGGUUUUAAUUUAUAGUUUGGACAAUUCCAGAUUUUGGAGUAUUUAUUUCAAAUUUUAGAUUUCCGGAUAAGGGAACGCGUAUUUUACACUUUGGGACUCCUGUAAUUUUCAUCAAAAUCUGGUCCCAGAAUUUUUGUACCAUUAAAAACUUACCUCUAGAUGUCACUAUAACAGAAGACUGUUAACAGUACAGAUGAAUUAAAUUAUUAUUAUUUUUAAUUACACGUAUACCUGUAUUUAAAAAUGAGUACAAGAUUAUAUAAAAUAUGCAAAAGCCAAGAAUAAAACAUAUCAGUUUUAACCAUUCAAACAAUAGCAAUCUGUUCCAAAUGAUCUCCAUCACAAGCCACUGUUGACAUCUUUUUAAACAGUAUAUCAAUUUUUCUCUUGCUUUUAUUGUUGAUUGGUUUGCUGAAAUCUACCAACUAGUCACCAGUUAAAAAUAAUGUUAGCUGGGACUGACUAUAAGGUGAAAUUAUGUAAAUUGCCUUCAAAAAGUUAAAAAAUAAAUGAGAGAUAGUCAUAUGGGGAGAAAAUGUGACUUUCCCCCCAUAAGAACACAUGA